UAAUGUUACAUAAGUUGGAUCAGUAGAUGAGCAGAUGUCAGCGCGAUAGGACGGUGCUCCGUGUUCUUUCAGCUACUUGUCCCACUGGAUAAGAUUUGAAAAAAAUAAUGGGUAAUUACGUCGCCUACUACAUAACGCAUCCCGACACGAUGCCUGAACCUGAUGGUAAACCGACGUUCGAUCCGAUGUUCGGAUUUCCAAACGGUCGAAAACCCAGAGAGAUGAAGAUAUCGGAAGAGGAUAUGAUAGCUUUGAAGGUCCCUCUGGACAAGCGUGAUUAUUGUGCUCAUAAAUAUUUGGAAUUACAUGAGUGUAAAAGACGUCAUUAUCCUUUCAUGUUGAAGUGCGCACACGAAAGACACGAGUACAAUGCAUGCCACUUUGAAGAUUAUACUCUAAGAUUGAAGGAAUAUGAAAGAGAACGUCGUCUCCUUGAAAGACAAAAGAGGAUAGCAGCAAGACAGGCUCAGGAACAAGCGACAGCGUGAAAAUUUAUAGAAUUUCAAUAAAUUUGAUUUAAAUUUUGUCGUCGGUAACUUAGAUGCAUAUAUAAAGAUGGAACUCUGUCCCGCUAUUGUAAAUAAGCUAUAUCAAUAAAAUGUAUUUAACAAUAAA